UUCCGUGAUUUCAAAUCGAAAAGGUCGCAUCAUGUUCAAGUUAAAGUGUAUUUGUUUGUUGGUCAUAUUUGCUGUAGCUUUUGGUAAUAAUUUUACAGAAAAAAAGAAAUUUUUUCAUUUCAUAAGAACACAACAUGGAAUACCCGAUUUUAAAUUUGAAUAUGUGACGGAUAAUGGUCAACAAAUAAGUGGCAAAGCUGUUGCUGUUAGUCGAUCCGAACCAAGCCUCUAUAUGAUGCAAGGUCGUGAUGCUCCAUAUUAUUGGGUUAAAUUCACAGAAAACGAACUGAAUAAUGAAGAUGAUUUUGAUAAAAUCGUUCGAUCGGUAAAACUGGUUCGCAGCGGUGAUGUGGUGGCGCAAUUAAAAGACGAUUUUGUUUCUUAUGAAAUUCACAGUAACGGUCAAUUGACUGGAGGAAAAUAUGAAGCAGAUUGGGAUUUGGAUAACAUUAGCUUUGAAUUGGCUGACACACAAACAAGACAAUUUUAUUACGCAAUUUCAUCAAAGAAUAAUGGAAGAGAGUUUAGAGGCACAACAUCUUAUUUAAGUGAUCCACAUGUUCAAACCGUCUCUGUACCAGACCGUCAUGAAUGCUACGUGUAUCAAGCUACUUUCACCGAUAAUGAACUUUCAGUUUUAGGAGGAACUAUUUAUAGAUAUGUUCAACAAAAUUUGAAAUGUUCACCUCCACAAGAAUCGAUUCCUCUAGUUACCCUAAAAGAAAUUGACCCCAGCCUUCUCAGAAGCAUAGUCGGUGCACAAUCAGGAUAAAUGGAGCAAAAAUACAAUUUUUUAAAUAGUCAAGUGAAUUAUUCUAUAGUAAGUCAUAAAAAGAAUGAAUUAUUGAAUACUUGGAUUUGCAUUGACAUCAAAACUAUUGUAAUUUAAAUAAAAAAAAAUUAAUGAAUAAAUCAAA